GCGAUGCUGGCCCUGGAGCUGCUGAGCCUGGCUUGGCUGGCCGGCGUGGCGAUGGGGCAGAACGAGACGGAGCCCAUCAUCCUGGAGGGCAAGUGCCUGGUGGUGUGUGACUCCAACCCGGCUUCCGAUCCCACCGGCACGGCGCUGGGCAUCUCGGUCCGGUCGGGCAGCGCCAAAGUGGCCUUCUCGGCCAUCCGCAGCACCAACCACGAGCCGUCGGAGAUGAGCAAUCGCACCAUGAUCAUUUACUUCGACCAGGUGCUGGUCAACAUUGGGCUCAACUUCGACUCUGAACGCAGCACUUUCAUCGCUCCCCGGAAGGGCAUCUACAGCUUUAAUUUCCACGUGGUCAAGGUGUACAACAGGCAGACUAUCCAG